UGAACAGCUAAUAACAAGAGAGCAAUUUGUGCAACACCUCAUCUCCCCGAUAAAAUUUAAAUAACCGCAAGUUUCGCUGGCAAUUAAUGCAUUUAAUAUAAAAAGGCACAAGAGAAAAAAUAUCUAUCUUUUGAUUUUGAUAAAGAGGAUAUUAUAUCAAACCUGUCAUGGUAAUAAAAACAAAUGAAAAAAAAAAAAAACUUAAAAGAUAAUAUACUGAAUCUAUUCUUUUUUUGGUGUCUUUUUUUUUUAAGUCUUCUACAAUGGCUGUUAGACCCGUAGUCAAUGUAUAUUCAAUUGAAAAGGGUGAUUUGAUUACAAAUACAGUCCCUAUGCCCUCUGUUUAUCGUGCUCCUAUCCGUCCAGAUAUCGUUCGAUUUGUUCACACUAAUAUGGCCAAGAACAAGCGUCAACCCUAUGCUGUAUCUUCCAAGGCUGGUGAACAAACAUCUGCUGAAUCUUGGGGUACUGGUCGUGCUGUUGCUCGUAUUCCACGUGUGAAUGGUUCUGGUACACAUCGUGCUGGUCAGGCUGCAUUUGGUAACAUGUGUCGUGGUGGUCGUAUGUUUGCCCCAACCAAGAUAAUGCGUAAGUGGCAUGUUAAGAUUAACUUGAAUCAUCGUCGAUUUGCUACCGUUUCUGCCUUGGCUGCUUCUGGUAUCCCUUCCUUAGUAAUGGCUCGUGGUCAUCGUAUUAGUAAGCUUGAGGAGGUUCCUUUAGUUGUUGAUAGCUCCUUUGAAGGUCUUUUACGUACGAAGCAAGCCGUAGAAGCCCUUAAGGCAAUUCAUGCCUAUGAUGAUGUCGAAAAAGUCAUUCGUUCUCGUAAGGUACGUGCUGGUAAGGGUAAGCUACGUAACCGUCGUUUCACUCAACGUCGUGGUCCUCUUAUUGUUUAUAACGAAGACAACGGUUUAGUAAGAGCUUUCCGUAAUAUUCCUGGUAUUGAAUUGGUCAAUGUUCGUCAUUUGAAUGUUUUGCAAUUGGCCCCUGGUGGUCACUUAGGUCGUUUUAUUAUCUGGACCGAAAAUGCUUUUAGACUUCUUGAUGAGCUUUAUGGUACUUAUGAAACCCCCUCUAGUUUGAAGAAGGGUUAUCAAUUGCCUGAUAAUAUCAUGACAAAUUCUGAUGUUACUCGAUUAAUCAAUUCUGAUGAAAUUCAAUCCGUUGUUCGUCCUGCUAUGGACAAAUAUACAAAGAGACCUUUUAGUCAGAAGAAGAAUCCUCUUAAAAACCAAGGUAUAAUGAACCGUUUAAAUCCUUAUGCUCAAGUUUUGCUUCGUGCUGAAUUAUUGAAUAAGGUGAAGAAGGCUGAAAUGAAGAAGAAGAAGAAGAAUAUUAGCAAAAAUACAAAGUUCGUUCAGCAGUUGCUUACUGUGGCUUAAAAGUAAAGUGUACAUAGUACUGUACAACUGAUGUUGAAAAAAGAAAGUUAAAUCCCAGCAUAUGUGGAAUUUAUCCCUUUCUUAAAUAAGAUUUGUGUGUGUGUGUGUUUUUUGACCCCUUUUUUUUUCAUUUUAUUUAAAAAGCAUCUCCGUCAAAAUACUUUAAUAAAAAAGUAACCUCUUUUUUAUUUUUUUAAUAAUAUUAUUCCAUUCCGCUCAUUUCACAAACAAAACUAAUUUUAAUGACCAAAGAAACAAAUCAACAUAAUUCUAAUAAUGUUCAAGUGGGCAAGUUUAUCAACAUAUAAGUCUCUUCUUUAUUUUCUUCAUUGUAAAAUAAC